AUGCGUGUGCAGACUGUGCUGGGCAUCAUCCUGGGAGGUGGAGCGGGCUCGCGGCUGUACCCUCUCACAAAGAAGCGCGCAAAACCGGCAGUGCCUCUGGGCGCCAAUUACAGGCUAAUCGACAUCCCAGUGUCCAACUGCAUAAACUCCAACGUCAACAAAAUCUACUGCCUCACGCAGUUCAACUCAGCCUCCCUCAACAGGCAUCUCUCGCAGGCCUACAACGCCAAUGUGGGCGGCUACAGCAGCAGAGGCUUUGUGGAGGUGCUUGCAGCCAGCCAGAGCCCUCUCCAGAAGAAGUGGUUCCAGGGCACAGCCGACGCUGUCAGGCAAUAUCUGUGGCUCUUUGAGAACUCCAUGAGAGAGGGUGUUGAGGACUUCCUGAUCCUGGCAGGCGACCACCUGUACCGCAUGAACUACCAGGACUUUCUCCUGAAGCAUCGCAAGACCGGUGCCGACAUCACAGUGGCGGCUCUGCCAUCUGACGAGAAGAAGGCGACUGCCUUUGGCCUCAUGAAGAUUGACGACUCGGGUCGCAUCAUAGACUUUGCAGAGAAGCCCACCGGCGAUGCUCUCAGAGCCAUGAGAGUGGACACCACCAUUCUGGGGCUUGACGCUGAGAGGGCAAAGGAGGAGCCUUACAUUGCCAGCAUGGGCAUCUACGUGGCCAAGGCUUCAGCCAUCAGGGACCUGCUCCUAAAGCACUUCCCCGAGGCGAACGACUUUGGCAGCGAGGUGAUCCCCGGCGCGAAGGACAUGGGCAUGCACAUCCAGGCCUACCUCUAUGACGGCUACUGGGAGGACAUUGGAACCGUGGAGGCCUUCUACGAGGCCAACUUGGCCCUCACAGACAACCCCACCCCAAAGUUCAGCUUCUACGACCGCGACGCGCCGAUCUACACUAUGUCGCGCUUCCUGCCGCCGUCCAAGGUGCAGGACAGCGAGGUGAACAACAGCAUCCUGGGCGACGGCUGCGUCAUCCGGGCAGGCUCCAAGAUCAACCACUCCGUCAUCGGCCUGCGCGCGCUCAUCAACGAGAACUGCACCGUCGACGACGCGCUGAUCAUGGGCGCUGACUACUACGAGACUCUGGAGGAGUGCGCGCUCGUGCCCGGCUGCCUGCCCAUGGGCCUUGGCGCCAACACGACGGUGAGGAAGUGCAUCAUUGAUAAGAACGCGCGCAUCGGCAGCAACUGCAAGAUCAUCAACAGCGCCAACGUGCAGGAGGCCAACAAGGAGGAGGACGGCUACGUCAUCAAGGAUGGCAUCAUCGUGGUCAUCAAGGGAACUACCUUCCCUGACGGCACUGUUAUCUGA